CAGAAACGACUAAUUAAACAGUUCAUAUUCAUAUUAUGAUAAGGCUCAAACCAACCUUUAUCUUGCCAAAACGUGGGGUCUGCGAGUUGCGUAGUAAUAUCAAUGUUUUGCCUCUAGGAACAAGUUACUGAUAGUAAGCGCCGCCUGAGAGCCAUGUUACGAUACACGGUUCCGCCGGUGAGCAUAGCCGGGCAACAUGGCAGGAUUUGGACGACCAAACCUGCUCCCGGCAUCAGUGGGUUGGUCGCCGUGCUGCAAGUACCUGCCAGCAAAGUCUCGGAAGCUAUUCGGAACUCCAGUUUUACGGCUGUGGCGAUGGACGCUCGGGCUGAUGUGCUGGUAACGACCGACAGCCGGGGCCAGGUAUACGUCUUCGACAUCCGCCAGAACCGCUACGCCUGCCUGGACAAGGCCGGGACGCCAGGAACCGCUGCCCUUGUGCACGGUCCGCGCGCAGUAUUCGUGGCCUUCGCGGAUAGCACCAUCCGUUGCUAUGAUGCAUCCAAAGGGACUGUCAUUGGCGUGCUGCGAGAGCACAGAAGUCCUGUACGGCAUAUGGAGCUGAAUCGUGACCUGGGCGAGCUGCUGACAACAUCCGUUGACGGAAUCCUGGUGUGGGACAUCAAGAAGCUACGUCGCAAGCGGGUGCUGGGCAGCGGUCCGUACGGCGCCCUGCAGGCCAGCUACACCCCUGAUGGCCAGGCGGUCGUCACACAGUUCAAGGACGGCAGCUUCUACGUGUGGUCGGCGGGCAGCUUCUCGCUGGUGCGCUCCUUCACCCUGCCCGUGGCCCCGCCACUGCGGCCCGCGCAGACCGCCUUCAGCCUCAGCCCCGACGGCCAGCUGCUGGUCGCAUGCGGCCCCACGCUGCCCGUGCUGCUCGUGUACAGCAUCCUCAGCGGGGAGCUGCUGUACGGCGUGGGACUGCCAGCGUCGUACGACAACACGUCAGCACUGACGCCGGCGGCGGCUGGCGCGGCCGCCGCCGCCUCCACUGCCGCCGCCGCAGCGGAGGCAGAGGCGGCGGCUGGGGUUUCACCACUGACGCCGGCGGGACAGAACGUCGGGGCAGCGGGCAUGGCGGCUUUGUUGCCGCUGGCGACGGGCGUCCAGCAGCUGCGGUUCUUGUCGGACUCGGCGACUGUUGCGGCGCUGCUAACAGACGGCUCAGUGGCGUUCGUAGACGUGCUGAACUGCCGCUGCGUGGGAGCUGUGCCGUACCAGUUUCCCAACCGUCGCGACUGCCGCUUCAGCUUGGACGACAAACAGGAUCACAUGGCGCUCAUUGCGAAUGGCAAGGUGAUGUUGCAUGAGCUCACGGACGCGCGCAGCAGCAUGCAGCCCCCCCGGCCGCUGCCUCGCAUCGCACCCGCCCAGUUCGACGAUCUAGCUGCCGCGGUCUCCCUGGAACACCUGCGCCAGCAGCAGCAGCAGCAGCAUCCCCAGCAGCUGGCAGCAGCGGAAGCUCCAGACAGCCCCGGCACCAUGCGGGCGCUGCUACCUGCCCACACACCAGCUGCCGCCGCAGCAGCAGCCGAGCACGGCGACAUCGCUGCGGACACCAGGCCCCUCGCUGACAACCGAGCGCAUCCCCCUCCGCAGCCGGCACCCCCGCUGCCCCCGCGCGGCGCUGCGAAGCGCAAGCAGGCCUGGAUUGCGCAGGCUUCGGCAGGUCUGCCGCCUGCCAAGGCCACCGCGCACGGAGCGACUGCGGCGGGCUCGGUACCACGGUCGCCUGGAAAGCGCGGGAAGGGAGCCAUGGGGGUUGGAGUUGGCUUGGCGGCGGCUGCGGCGGGGGCCCGGGGUGGCGCUCCUGACCCCGCCGCUGUGUCGCUGAACCGUAGCCGGCUUGCUGCGCUGCUGGAGGCGUUCGGGGAGUACCCCUCCAAGUACCGAGUCAUGAUCUGGGACUUCCUGCUUCGGCUGCCCCACAACACCGCCGCCUUCGCCUCGCUGGCGGGUCUGGGGGUGCACCCCGCGGUGCGCGAGCUGGCCGCUCGGCUGCCGCUGCCCAACCGCGCGCUGUCGCAGCGUCUGGUGGCCACCCUGUCGCAGCUGGCGCACUGGUGCCCCGUGCUGGCGGAGUCCUCCUUCCUGCCCGACCUGGCCUUCCCCUUCGUCAAGCUCUUCGCCACCUCCCCUGGGUUGUACGGCGCCAGUGGCGGCGGCGGCGGCCCCAGCAGCAGCGCCUGCCUGGACGAGUGCUGCUUCGAGGUGCUUGCCACGCUGGUCAGCUGCGGCUGGCUGCGGGGCUGGUGGGAGCGCUUCCCGCACCCGCCGCUGGGGCUGCUGGCCAGGCUGCAGGACCUGCUGUCGCUGCACGACUCCGCGCUUGCCGCCCACCUGGGCUCCUUCCGCGGGGGGCUGGCGGCGCUGGUGUGGCCGCACCUGGCAACACUGUGGACGGAGCUGCUGACGCGGGACAACUGGCUCAAGCUGUGGGACCACUGCCUGACCGCGGGCCCCGACCUGCUCUACUUCUUCGUGGCCGCCUACCUGCUGGCGCUGCGCAGCCAGCUGUUGGCGCUGGACUCGGAGGCCAGGCUGGCGGCGCUGUUGGCGGGGCCGCCGCAGCUAAACAUGGACGCGGUGCUGCGCGGCGCCUACCAGCUGCGCAGCCGCACCCCCGAGGAGCUGCGGCCGGUGCCCGCGGAGUGGCAGCCGCUGCCGCAGGGGCCCACCUACACGGAGUUCAAGGACUUCCCAGCAGGCGCUGUGGAGUUGUUCGCUGCGGACCGGGCGCGCAUCCGCGAGGCGGAGGAGGCGCUCAUGCGGCGGAGGGCGGUGGUCUCGGAGCUGGAGCUGCGCACGCGGGCGGUGGCGCUGCAGGCCGCCUCCCUGUCCACCGAGCGGCAGCAGCUGGCGGCGCUGGAGGAGCAGCGGCGCGCCACGCUGCGGCAGCUGGAGGCGGACACGGCGGCGCAGAUGGCGCGGCUGGACGACCGAGCCAAGGAGGAAAAGCUCAAGCAGAUCGCGGAGGUGGAGCGAGCAUACCAGGCCAACCUGCUAGAGAUCCGCAGCACCUGGCAGCGCGAGCUGGAGUCGGCACGAGCCGAGGUGGCACACAAGCGGGCACUGGCAGCGCAGCAGAUGCGCAGUCGCGAAGAGGAAGAGCAGAUCAAGGCACUGGAGUUCCACGCGCAGCAGCGAAUGCGCGACAUGGAGCAGGACGUACGGCGAGCUGCCGUACAAUCGGCAGUACGGGACGAGCUGCUGGCUCACCAGGCGGAGGCGGACUCCAAGCAGCGAACCAAGAUGAAGGAGUGGGAGGCAGAGGACGAGGCUCGCAAGCUGCGCUCCCAGCUGGACGAGUCGCGGAGGCUGCAGGUGGCGCUGGCGGCGGAGGAGGGCGCAGCUCGCAGCGCGGCUGCGCGGGAGGCGCAGGCGCUGACGCUGCAGGUGGAGGAGGAGAUCGUCAAGGCGGAGGGUGAGCGGCGGCUGCGGCGCAUGGCUGAGGACGCGGCGCGGGUGACGGCGGAGGCGCGCGCCGCGGAGGACGCGCGGGUGGCUGCUCGCAGCGUGGCAGAACAUCAGGCGCUGCGGCUGCGGGCUGCGGCGGAUGUGGCCUGGUACGAGGCGGAGCAGCUGCGGCGGGAGCAGCUGCUGGAGCUGGAGCGGCAGCAGACGGAGGCCGCUGCGGCCGCUGCUCGCGAGCAGCUGUCGGAUGCGGAGGCGGCUGCCCGGGCCAUGGCGGCGCAGGCAGAGCUGCUGGAACGCCGCAGGAAGCUUGAGCGUCAGAACGCUGCUGAGGAGGCGGAGGCCAGGCGGCUGGUGGGCGCGUUAGCGGCGGAGCGGCAGCGCGACGCGGCGGUGCUGGCUCAGCUGGCGGCGCGAGAGGCGGACAUGCGGACGCAGCUGGCGGCGGCGGCCCGCCUGGGCAGCCAGCAGCGGGAGGACAUGCGUGAUGACAGGCAUGACGACAACAAUGAUGAUCCUGGCCACGGCAGCCAGGGCCAGCAAGCAGGCAGCCGCCCGCACGGAAGCGCCCCGCAGGACGGGGACCAUGAUGUGAGCCGGCAAGGAGGAGGAGGAGGGGGCGAUGGAGGGCGGCAGGAUCAGGACGGGCAUGCGCCGGCACAGGGCUCCCGGCAGCAGCACCAGUCGGCGGAGGAGCAGUCGCGCGAGAGGGCUGCGGUGGCUGCGCUGAUCACCCAGCUGGAUCAGCAGCAGCAGGAUCAGGCGCGCCGGCAGCAGGAGCAGGCGCGGCAGGCUGCCCAGCAGCGGGAGCAGUACCUGCGGCAGGUGGAGCUGGAGCAGCAGGCGCGGCGGGAGCAUGAGGCCGUGUUGCGGCGGGAGGCGGCAGAGCGGGAGCAGGCGGAGGUGGCGGCGGAGCGGCUGCGAGCAGAGCUGCUGGCGGGGGUGACGGCGACGGAGACGUCAGCAGCGGCGAGGGGUGCGGCGGGCGCGUCGCUGGCGGUGGCGGCGGAGCGGAUUGCUGAGGAGCUAGACACGCAUGCGCGGCGGCGGCAGGAGGAGGAGGUUCUGCAAGCGGAGGUGCGGGUACUGCAGCAGCAGCUAGCCAGGUCGCUACCCCCGGCGGCGGCAGCGGCUGCCAGCCAGCAGCCGUCGUCCUCCGUUGAUAGCGAGCGUGAUGAGGACAGCUCCGCUUCGGCUGGGAGCCUCGAGGCUGCAGCAGCCCUGCGGCAGCAGCAGCAGCCGAGGCCGCGGGUUCCGCUGCUGCCCUCGCGCUUCCGGCCCGCCGGUGACGUCACCACCCCCACACGCUCCUAUGACUUACCGUCAGAGAGCGACCUUACGCCCGCGUCGGUUCCCACUGCCACCUCCACACCCUCCACCGCCUUCUCGCCGCCUCUGUUGCCGACGGCAGGUGCUGCUGCGGCUCGCAGCGCCGCCGCCUCUGCCGCGGCUUCAGCAGCAGCAGGAUCAGCAGUGCCCCCGUCAGGGGCGGCUUCCUCUGGUCCGGAGGCUCAGCAGCAGCAGCAGCAGUCUUCACGGUCGGGAUCUUCGCAUUCAUCCUCCGCUGACAUACGCCGGUUGAUACAGCUAGCAGCCGCCGCUGCAACAGGCCUGCCCAGCGGCAGUAGCAGCGGCCAUGGCGGCAACCCCAGCGGCAGCAGCCACCCUGUCACCAGCAGUACCGUCACCGCCACCAGCGCUACCUCAGGCCGCAGUAACUUGGGAGGCCCCCAGGGCUCCGUCGCGGGUAGCUCCGGCGGUCCCAGCGCCACCAGCAGCUCGACACCUAACAGUGGUAGCGGCAGUGGCAGCGGAGGGAGCGGAGGCAGUGGCGGCGGCGGUGCAGCUGCCGCUGUUGUGGGAGCGCCUGUCUCUGGUGAUGCGGGCCCGGCUGGCCCCGCUUGGCCCUGGCAUGCGGGCUCGGUGUCGGGAUCGCACCGGUCGGAGCAGGGGCCGAGCAACCGGUCGUCUCCCGCGCUGUCUCCCUCGAUCAUCACCUCGUCGCUGCCCGCAUCCAGCGUGCGGCUGCCCAAUCGGGGCUCCCUGGACCACUCCGUUGGCGCCGCCGCAGCUGCAGCAGAGGCUGUACGGCGCGCCUCGCUCGCAGCCGUACAAGCCACGUCGUCCCCACCUCCUAGCGCCCGGGAGAACCAGCGCUACAACAAUGACGGGACUAACAGCCUGAACAGCAGCGUUGCCAGCGACGUGUUCAGCAGCCGACUCCAGGCUCUAGAACGAGAGCUCCAAACUGCCCUCGGGCUCGCUAACAACACCGACCUGCCCAGGCGGGACCAGGCGUACGAGAACAACUUGUACGACAGCACGGACUUCGGAACCAGCUUGUACAACACUCCGCCGCCUCACGCCGCCCUGGAUGUCAGCGACGUCUCAUCCUCCGUCGACACGGGUUUGGGCACGGAGUCCCGACGCCCCAUGACGACAAGCAGCUCCGCCUCCGCAGCCGGAGCUGGAGGCUCCCAAGCAGCGCAGCUGCCCGCACCGACUCGAGGUGGUGCAGCCGCUGCUGCCGCUGCUGUUGGUGGUGGUGCUGGUGGCCGCCAGGACGGGAUUAUCGGCGAUCAGGACUCGUUCGACGAGUGGCUGGAGUCGCUACUGCGACCGUCCGCACCCGCGGCCGCUGCGCCGGCAGAGCCAAGCGGAGCCACGACGGCCGCUGCCGCAGCUGCUGCUGGGGGACCCACGGGUCGCUUCCGUGCUGGCAGCGAGCUAUCCGGCCCGUCGCUGUCUAAUGACUCGUCUCUUUCGGAAACCCUGUCUUCCCUCCAGCGUUCCGGCCUCCUUGGGCUAUCGCAGCCUGCAGCGGCCCCAGUCCAGCCCGUGCGCUCCUCCCUCUCCCAGCACUCCUCCCUGCAACACCGCUCCCAACACCAGCACACCGCCCACCCCUCAUCGCACUCCUCCGGCCCCGCGGGCUCAUCAAGCCCCUCCACAUCCCUCACCUCCUACACAUCCUUCACCCCCGCCGUACGUCCGGAGCAACCGCAACCGCACCCUCACCCAGCUUGGUCGCCCUCGCUAGGAAGUACUGGGACCUCCACCGACUCGAACAGCACUGGCACGGCUGUCGUCGCUACCGCGGCAGCAGCAGGCUCAACCGGAGUUGGAUCCCUGCCUGGAUCGUCGAACAACAGUCGUACUCCGCCAUCCGUCACGAGCUCGUCGUACAGCAGCGCCGCCACCGCCGUCUCCGCCGCCGCGGCUGCGGUCACUGCCGCACUCGCUUCCACCGCGGCGGCGGCGGCAGCGGCUGCUGUACGGCGCUCUGCCUCCUCCAUUCCGAGCAUCAGCAGCAUCCACGCACCUGCUGCGGGCGGCUCACGAGCCGCCGCUCCAGAACCCGCUUCGACAUCAUCUGGCUCGGCAAACGUUGCAGCUGACGCGGCAAUAGCUGCGGCGAUGUCAGCGGCAGGGCUGGAGCUGGGGGGCGGACUCGGCUCCAGCAGCAUCUCUGCCACAACCACCACGGCAACCCUGAGUAGCAGCACAAGCGCCGGUCGUGCUGCCGAGCCGCAGGCCCAUCCGGUUGGCGCUGCUUCGAGCGCUGGGGCGGCUUCAGCCGCGCCGGCAGCAGCUCUCCCUGCUGCGCCGCGAGGGGCCGCUGCACCCUCCCUGCCGCUACCGCAGCUGCCGCUCUCCUCGCCCAGCGACAGGAGCUACGACUUCCAUGACUCCGCCAGCCCGCUGCCGUCCUUCUCCUCCAUGAGCCUGCCGUCGUUCCUGCAGAGCAGCGCCAGCGGCAGCCGCGGCUCGGCUGACGUGGGCAGGAGCGGAGGGGCAGGCGGAGGAGCGGGUACGGAUAGCGGUGGAGUGGGCAGCGGAGGCGCUGCAUCCGGUAGCGGAGGCGCAGGCAGUGCGGGCCCGGGCAGUGCUGUGGGGCUGAGCGGCAGUGCUGACAGCGGCGACCGCAACCCACCCGGGGGCAUCGCCGUUGGGGGCAGCAGCAGCCAGGACAGCGGUGUGCGCGGCGGCAGGCUGCAUGCACCAGGGCCGAGCAGUGGUGUGGGUGCCGUCGGUGCGGGUGUUGACGGCGGCGUUGCCGGCAGCAGCCGCAGCACUUCUAUCAUGAGCGGUAUUGGAGCCGGCAGCGGCAUCAGCAGCCUGAGCAGUGGUGGUAACGGCGGAUGGCUUCGAGGUCUGGGUGCCGCAACCGCCGCCGCAAUCGCUGCGACAUCCGCAGGCGCCAACGGCAUGCAGGAGCCAGGUAACAGCAACAGCAGCAGCAGCGGUACCUACGGUGCCUUGAGGGGCGCAGCCAGCGGCGCCCACAACGACAUGGGCAGCAGCUCUAACAGCGGCGACCUCAUCGGGCUGACGCGUCUUGGUGGGCUUGCAGGGGACCGUGGCGGCAUCGGUGCCGGCUUCGGUGCUGGUGUUGGCGGAGGUCCUUCAGCCCUAAGGUACAGCAGUCAGCUGGCGGGGGCCGCUGGAGGCGUGGCAUUGGGCAUGGGCACCGGGAGUGGUGAAAGUGGUGACGCCCGGCGCGGUGGCGGUGUCGAUGUAGGAGGCGGCGGUGGCGGCAGCGGAGCUAUCGCGGGCAGCAGCAGCUACGACACGCACAGCAGCAUGACCCGCUCCACCGCCACCGCCCGGACCAUAGAUACCGCGGAGUCCAGGGCAGGCGGCAGCGGCACCAUAGUACGGCAGUCGUACGGAAUCCAGCCCCACACGGAUCGGUCACGGUACGGAGGCCUGGGGCGUGACAGCAACGACAUUGAAGACGAUGGCUAUGGUACUGCAGCCCGCACGCCCGUACACCAGCGUGCUACGUUGGCAGCCGGUUUGUAUAGCAGCGCCGCCCACGGCGCUCCCUCACCCGACGUAGCCCAGCUGCUGCGCAUGCUGCGCCUGUCAGGUCCUGGGGGUGCUGAGGCGGACAAUGAAGAUGCGGGCCUGCGGCAGCCCGCGUUGUGGCGGCAGCGGCAUGCGGAUGAGGCGGGCCGUGCUGAGGCCGCCGCCCGCGGACAGCGCCACGCGUCUGGCUUGGAGCCGCCUUCGGCUUCCUCCUCCGACCAGCGGGGCGGGUUCGGCAGUCGCGUCGGUAGCACGUCUGGAAGCGGGAGCGGCAUUGAGGGAAGCACCACCAGCAGCGCCGGUAUCGGCGGCGGCGGUGGAGGCGGCGGUUACGGUGGAGGCGCAGAUGCAGCUCAUGCAAGCGAUCGCGACGUCCAGCGGCGGCAAGGAGGCGCGCAGGUUGACACUGGCCGUAUUGGCAGCAGCGCCGCAAUGUCAGCAGCGGCUGCAGCGGCUGCGGCUGCCCAUGAGUCGCUUGUCCGUAGCGCUUCUGCCGGGCAGGGUGGUCAGGGCGCAGGGAUUGGUCCGGCUGCCGGCAGGGUGCAGCAGCUGCACGCGGGCAGUGGGGCUGCUGCUGGGGCCGGGGCUGUGGGUGCGGGUCCCAGCGGUUCCGGAGCGGGUGUGCCGCCGGUGGGCAGGGGCCCCAUCGACUGGGCGGGCUGGAGUCCCGGGAGCACCAGCAUGGGAGCUCCCAGCAGCGCCGCCUCCCCGGCCGGCAUCCAGAGCCUGAGCGCAGCGCUGCGGCAGAUGGGCAUCCACUGGGCUCCCUCCGAGGCCGCCACCGCCACCCCCAGCAGCACCGGUCUGGGGCUGUACGAUGAAGAACGGCUGCUCAUGACGGGUACGACAACGUCCAAUGAUACGGCAGGCGGAGGAAGCAGCCUGGACUAGAAUUUGUCUUGACUAUAAGCUCAAUUUAGUUUUGGACGGGGUGUGUGCGACAGAGGCCACGGGGGUGCGCGGUAACGGUUAUCGGAUGCCGUGCGGUGGUUUGGUGAUUCUUGACGAGAAAAGGCUGAUAGCCGAAGCCCAAGUAGCCGCUAGGGGCGGCGAGUACCAAAGGACAAGACCCCUGUGGACAUCUGGUACUAAUGUUGUCGCACCAGGUAUACCAGGACAGCAUGCGUCCUUGGACGCAUGGGGUUUUAUGAAUUACAGCUGUGCCACUUAACUAUAGGAUGAUUACAUAAGGUUACAUAUGUGGUAGAUACGACUAUUGGGCAAGGCACUUGAGCCCAGGGCGUUGACGGUCUGUCUUGUACGCUGUUUGGUGGGCCGGUGUACGGUACUUGUGUUAAGAAAACUGGCCGCGAGUAGGAACAUACUGUGAUUGUCGGAAGAUGAAGUCCCCACAGAACCGCCGCAGGAGCCGAGGAACAUUGUAGCGUAUGUAGAUAUAGAAGGUACUUGUGUGUGUACAUUGCAUCGUAGGUGCCUACGGUAUGAGCCUUCGCCGCUGUGACGUUUCCGGUGUCUAUAAGUUAUAACUCACCCAAUGCUUGUGUAACCCGCAUGUGCCCAUGGCACGUUACACGCGGUUGCUUGUAUAUUGCCGCUGCUCGU